AUGCUGGGUCUUGGCAGCGUAGCACAUGGAGGGUGUCUUCGUCGGCUGUUCCACACCGUGGGCAAUCGCUGUGAGCCUGCCAUUGGCGGCGUUGCAGCUGGCGUCCUACACACAGUGGCCUGUUGCAUGUUUGGUGAUGAAUCUUUGGAUGCCAAUUGGUGCCUUCUCAUGGCCCUACCCAUUGCCUCCCAGUUGAUAGUGUCCCAGCGCUCUGUCCAAUCCGCUUCGGAAUAG